AUGUCUGGUCAACAAUCUUGCGACGCGUGUGACAAGGAAGGCAAUAUGAAGCGCUGUUCGAGGUGUCAGCAUGCUUUCUAUUGUUCAAAAUCGUGCCAAAAAAGACAUUGGAACAGACACAAGCCCAAUUGCAUUCCACCAGAUUCUUCUUUGCAUGAAUUAAACUCAGCUUGUUGGAAAGAUUUAUUCCCAGGUCCUCUUGCAGCAAGGGACUAUGGCUUCGACAAUUUGAGGUCAUACCAUGGAGAUGUUUUGUUGGCUAAUGGGCUAACGGCUGAACAUAUCUUGCUUGGCUUGUAUCAGAUUAUAAUGAGGGAUAUUGAAAAUAUUCACCGACCAAGCCCUUGUUGUCAAGUAUUAAGUUCGAUCGACGUGUCACUUAAGAUGUUGCUUGAUGCAUACGAAAACAAUAAAUUGGAUGAUUUUAUUCAGCGUUUUAUUAAAAGUGUUCAUGACAACUGUGGAGAUUCAUUGAAUGAAGGCAAUUAUUGUUCUCUAUGGCUGCAACACAAGCUUGUUAUUGGCUCAACAAAUAUGGGGUCGAUAACACAGCAGCAAAUGCAACAGUUAAGAAGUAAUAUUUACCUUAAGUACUAUGGUGGUCAUGAAGACAAUGUUAUUUGAGCAAGUUAUCAUUAGAGAAGGCUGAUUCUUCUGAAGCUAGACUGAUUUAUUUGUUUCAGUCGCUCAAAAUAUUUUUACUAUUUUGUGUUCACUUUACAAUAGGCUUUCACCAGGUGUUCAACAUAAAUAAUUGAAGCAUCCAUCAUUAUCAAUGGGGUAUUUGUAGUACAAGAUGACUAAACAACUCAAUAAUGAUAAUGAUGGUAAUAAGAAUGAGUAAAAAAUGAUAAUGAUAAUAACAAUGAUAAUAUUCUUUUAAAGCAGUCCACCUGGUAGUUUUUCUCUUAAACCAAACAAGUGAACAGUAAUAGCUGAAUUAAAACAGAAAAGUAAUGACAUGACGAUUAUAUCAUCCACUAAUCAGUAAUUAAACCUCUCUAGGCAGCUGGUAUAUUAACUGGUAACAUUUGCAGCAGAGAUGUUGUCCAAGAAACUAAUAUUUGGCUGAGAAGCGAAGCCUCAAGGGUAAAUGUGAAAUUUUGAGUAUAAUCUCAUGGCCAAGGACAUUAUCAGCCAACACACCAGCAUGCCUGAAAGGGGUUUAUUUAUUUUAUAACCCUCCCAUUAAUUUUCAUAUUGUGUGUUGACAUCAAACAUUGUUGACUUUUUGGUAAAUUCUGCUGCAGUAUUUGAGAUCAGCCUUUUCAUGUCGCUGUCACUGGACUCUAGAAAACUGGUAUAUAUUUCUUUCAUGUAAAGUAAUAAAGACAAAAAGUGAAAAUCUUGAGCUGGCUUUUUUCUGCUGGCUUUGUUUCUUAUUGAUGGAAAUAAUCAAAGAACAAACUUUGAUGUAGAGAGGGUUAUUGCUUGAUAACUGUCUGGUGAUUUUGCAAUUUAUGACAAAAUACAAUUAUGUAAAGAUUGAUGGGUGCAAGGUUAUAACAAGAAGUUAUUUGCUUCCAGAUAGCAGUAAAUAUGAAUUGUAACAUACUGAUGAUCAGAUUUAACUGUAGCCUUGACAAAGCAGUUUUAUAAUUUUUACUCAAGUAAGGCUCAAUUUUGAGUGAGUGAUGAUUUUGUGUCAUUAGCAUAAUUAAAAUGAACUUGCAUACAAGUGAAAUAUGUUGUAAAAAUUACAACAGAAGGAAAAGUUUUAGCCUCGUGGUUGUGACAUAUAGUAUCAAUAAUAAAUAAUUAGGGACAAAUAUUGUAACAGGCAAUUACUGUUAUUUUAAUGUUUAUGGCAUUCCUGUACAAAUACUAAUAUUUUCAUGGGCAAUUAAAGAAUUAAUUUUAAAUCAAUUGAUUGAUCAAUUGAUUAUGUACAAUACUCAAAGUAAUUUUCAGGUAAUUAAGUGGUCAAGGCUGUCACUGUUGAAAAGAGAAGAACAAGAUGUUUAAAGGCAUUAACAUGGGAUGCAUUGGUAAAUAUCAACAGUCAUGCUGGUUUUAUGGAAAAUUGUAAAUUUGGUGCUGACUUCUUAAUGUAA